UUUCAGAUCAGUUUCUUUGAAAAUUUUCCCAAAAUGUGUAUUUAUAAUAAAAACAUUGCUCAAUUUAAAAUUUGUGCUAUUUUUAACUCUCUCCAUAAACCUAAACUGAUUAAAACUUAUCAAAUAUCAUCAAUAAGUUUUCAUUUUGCUUGUUUAUCGAUUAAUUGCUCAAUUCUUUCUUGUAUUUCCAUUAAUAAUAAAGUAAUUUUCUUCAUAGGGUCUCUAAUCAAUAAAAAUUAAAUACAAACAGAUUUAUUUGCAACACAAAAACUGAUAAGCACGUGAAAGUUGUGCAACUUAAACAAAAUAAUAACUCUACAACUCCCAUCCAACUGUCCGCACAUGCGCCUGUAAUAUUUCAAUGUUUUUAUAUCCUUUUGAAGCACACAAAAGGAUUCAAUUGAAAAUAAAUUUCAAAAUUAUUUAAAAAUGUCAACAUUAACGCAAAGAAAAGUACCAGGGAAGACUGAGAAUGCCAGUCCAGCAGUAGUGUCUACUGAUCCACCAGAAAAUAAGCCAGAAGAUAGAUCAGCGAAAUUCAAAACUCAUCCACCACAGCUAAAAAGCCAUAAAGUGUUUGUUAGGAUUAUUUUGGCAGGAUGUGUAUUUGCCCUUGUGUACUUUACAUCAAAUAAAGAGAAGACAUCAACAUUAGCUGGCUACAAAGAAGACAUUCCCCUUCGAGAACAUAAACUAAUUUGUUCAGCAGACAGCUUUACAGAGGCGGAAUUUGAAAAGCAUCCAAAAUGUAUUUCAGCAUGUAAACGAUUUGUCACCGAUAAUCUCAUGAAUGAAAAUGAAAUUUCGCAGCUUCAAGAGUUGGCGAGGAAAAUUUUCCAUAAUCACGACGAGUCAUCAGAAAUUUAUCACAUAAACUCAAACUCGAUAGCAUUAGAUGAUGUAACUAAAAGCAUACACGACACAAUCAAGUCAAUUCAGCCGAAAAUUAUCGAGAAUAUUGCGCAACGAUUUGAAAUAUCACACAAUUUACUUUACCUAACUAGCCCAACUUAUUUCUCGAAGAUUACAAAUGUUACGACCGAGUACUCUGAAUCGAUGCAUCGUCAUCAUUAUGAUAAGGAAAUUCAGAAAAAUGUUCAUUAUUCUGUUGUUAUUUUCCUAUCAAAUUAUAAGCGCAACUUUCAUGGUGGACGAUUUAUUUUUGUGGAAUUUGAGAAGAAAAAGAAGAAGAAUCACAUUGUAGAUCCAAAGGCUGGAAGAGUUGUUGUUUAUUCUGCUGGUGGCGAGAAUACACAUGUCUUAGAAAAUAUCUUAAAUGGUAACUUAGUCAGCUUAACAUUAUCAUUUACAUGUGAACAUGAAGAAACUACUGAGAGAUAA